GCCGGGGAGGAGUGACGGGGCCUAGAGAGCUCCCCGAAUACGGUGCGAGGCUGGCGGCCGGCGGAAGAGGCGUCCGGGGUGACUGGCCAGCGAGGGAGCUACGUUCCCUGAACAGCCCGGGGAGCCGCCUAGAGGGCGGACAUUCAGACGGCGGGAAGGGCCAGCAUGCCCCCCCUGCUGCACCCCGCCCUGCCGCUGCUCCUGGGCGCCACGCUGACCUUCCGGGCUCUCCGGCGCGCGCUCUGUCGCUUGCCCCUGCCCAAGCACGUGCGCGCCGACCCGCUGCGCACCUGGCGCUGGCACAACCUGCUCGUCUCCUUCGCGCAUUCCAUUGUGUCAGGGACCUGGGCGCUGCUGUGUGUAUGGCAGGCUCCCGAGAUGCUUGUGGAAAUUGAGACGGCAUGGUCGCUUUCUGGCUAUCUGCUCGUUUGCUUCUCCGCGGGGUAUUUUAUCCACGACACGGUAGACAUCGUGGUUAGUCGUCAGGCUCGAGCUUCUUGGGAAUACCUCGUCCAUCACGUCAUGGCCAUGGCUGCCUUCUUUUCAGGCAUCUUUUGGCGCAGUUUCGUCGGUGGGGGCGUCCUAACACUGCUGGUGGAGGUCAGCAACAUCUUCCUCACCAUCCGCAUGAUGAUGAAGAUCAACAAUGCCCAGGAUCUCCUCCUCUACCGGAUCAACAAGUAUGUCAACUUGGUUAUGUACUUUCUCUUCCGCCUGGCCCCUCAGGCCUACCUCACCCAUUUCUUCCUGCGUUACGUGGGCCAGAUGACCCUUGGCACCUUUCUGCUGGGUGUCCUGCUCAUGCUGGAUGUCAUGAUCCUCAUCUACUUUUCCCGCCUCCUCCGCUCGGACUUCUGCCCUGAGCGUGUCCCCCGCCGGCAACAGAAAGACAAGUUCUUGACUGAGUGAAAGGCACAGAGCCUGGGACUUGUGGCAAGGAGACAAACACAACCAGGAACAGCCUCCAACAGAAACUGAGAGACAGCCCCAAGUCUGGAGCAUCCUCUCCAUGUUUCAAGCUUGCGCCCACCAUUGAAAACAUUAAUGAAAGCACUCCUCUGAA